AUGUCAACACAGCAAGACAGCCCAGGUCCGGAGUGGCCAUCCUCGUCGAACUCGUCGGACAACGAAAAAGGCAAUGAUACCGACAUCUCACAACCCGACAUUGAAUCGCCCAACACGACACCACCAGCGGUUGAGUUCGAUAACCCCAAGGGAUGGAUAGCUGUAGCAGCCGCAGCAUGUUCUCUCUUCGUUUAUCUCGGGGUGAUCUACUCCUGGGGUAUCAUGCAAGUCAGACUUGUUGAAGUGACAGGAACAAACCUCACAACCUUGACAUUCGUCGGAUCACUCGCAACAUCGUUCAUGAUCUCGCUCAGUAUCCUCUCUGGCAUCGCUGUUCGAAAGCUCGGCUACCAGAAGACUGCUCUAGCCGGUGGUGUCCUGAUGGGUCUAGGUGAAUUCCUUGCAAGUUGGACAACAAAACAUGUUGGAGCUCUCUUUGUCUUCCACGGUGUGAUAUUUGGUAUUGGAGGUGGACUAUCCAUCUUUGCAUGCUCGACUGCUCCGCUCAGGUGGUUCAAGAGACAUCGCGGCCUGGCCAUGGGUAUCGUGUUCGGCGGAGGCAGCCUUGGCGCAGCUGUCAUGAGCAUUGCGACGAACCUUCUCGUGAGACAAGUCGAUGUCGCGUGGACUUUCCGCAUCCUAGGCUUCAUGCUCUGGGGAGUCUGUAUCCCGGCUUCAUACUUCAUCCAACAGCCUGAGGGGUCCAUGAGUGCUGGUCUGAAGCUUCAGUGGCAUCGUUUCCGGGAACCUCGGUUCCUCCUUAUUAUCGCCGGGACAGCUUUGUCAUGCUUCCCCUUAUUUAUCCCACCUUACUUCAUUCCCAUCUUCACCCGAUCCAUGGGUUACUCUAACCAGAUUGCCAUCAUCAUACUGGCGGCUUGGAACUUGGCUUCGACCGUUGGCCGGGUUCUAGGGGGGUACACUGCAGACCACUUGCUCGGCCCCUUGAAUAGCUUGAUUGUCUGCCUUCUCUUUAUUGGUCUCAGCUCACUCGUCGUGUGGCCAUUGGCGUCUUCGGUUGGAAUCUUCUCUGUCUUCCUCGUGUUCAACGGCAUUGGCUGUGGAGCUUUUUUCAGUCUGGUUCCUCCCAUGCUCGGUGCCACAAUGGGUCCGGAGAAUACUCUCGGCAUCCUACCUAUUGUUUGGACUACUUGGUUCUGUGGAUUCUUCUUCGGUACCCCUAUUGCUUCGGGAAUCUACUCGCUUGCAGACAGUACCGCUUUUGACCCAGACGGAGACACUAUGAAGCUCGAUAUCGCAAAGCUCACGGCUUUCCUAGCAGCCAAUUCCACAGGCACUGGUGUACUCAUUUGUCCUGGUGGCGGUUAUAGCCAUGUCUCUAUCGUCAAGGAAGGUUACAAUCCAGCUGCAUACCUCAAUAAGCUUGGUAUUGAUGCGUGGGUUCUCGAUUACACCACGACACUCAAUGCAACUGCACCUAUCUAUCCUAAACCCGAGAACGAAGUCUUCGCUGCUCUUAAGAGAAUACGCCAUGACAACCCCAAAAUAGAGAAGCUUGGUAUUUGGGGCUUCUCAGCGGGCGGUCACCUUGCAUCCACAACCCUCACUAACCCCAAGGCUGGUCUGGAUUUCGGCAUUCUCGCAUAUCCUGUAAUUACCUUGGAAGGAAACUAUACACACGCCGGCUCUCGCGACAAUUUGGUGGGGCCUAACGCAACGGCCGAGGAGCUGCACGAUCUAUCAGCGCAGAAUUUGGUCUCUGAUACAACGCCCCCGACAUUCUUGUUCCAUACCUUUGACGAUCAAGCUGUUCCAGUGCAAAACACUCUCAUGUUUGCUGAAGCUAUGGCAGGACAUAAGAGAAAAGCUCAGGUUUUGAUUUUACCAGAUGGCCCGCAUGGUCUCGGAUUGGCUCUUGAUGACCCUGUGCGCAGUUGGACAUCCGAAUUGACACGAUUUCUCACCUAUUCAAUCUAG